GCCCAAACCGGCCCAGUCAGCUGGUGACCCUUUCAACCCAGAUCGAUUGCGCUAGAGGCAAAUUGCCGCCGGCUCUAUAUUCCUGGCGAGUCGUUGUACCGCCAAGAUGAUGUGCAGAGGUUUAUGAAUCUUGGUGAAUUAUCUAUCUGUACGGUGUCGGAGUCAUGUGAUUAUGAGAGAUGGUACUACAACAGCUGCCUUGGUUAUCUUCCCGGUCUAUGCUCUCUGAACACUGAAAAAGACGCCUCGAGAUACGCCCUGCACAAGAUACCGCGUUCUCGUGCAUCUACAGGGCUUAAGUUGGUGUGUACAAUGGUGGGCAGAGUCUCGCCCACUUUAUUAGCACAAAGAGCGAACACGAAUGAUCACGGAACAGGUCGCAAUGUUGUCAGUUUGUUCGGUGGUGUUGAACUCCUCUAUCCUUUGAACACGAGCUGCACGAUCUGUUACUUUAAGAGUAUCGACUUCGCCACGUUGGUUUCCUUGGCUUUCACAGAUCCCCGCAUUAUUUGCACAUUGGUCCGUCCGCAUCCCUCUGUUAGAGUCUGCGCACGAAGUCUCUUCCGACAGGAGCUUCUUUCGUCUGGAUUUCUUCAGAGAGAGUUUGAAAGCUUGCCAGACAAUGCCUCUGAGAACGAUUACAACAGACACCCGGGGCGCGCAUCUGUACUAGUCUUGUCAGUUCAGUUGUAGCGACCGCAGUCACCUUCUUCCACUUGAUCGACAGUCAAGCGCGUUUAUCUCAAUCCCCUGCACCCUACGCCUGCCUCUUUGUUCCCUAG